UGGAAGUGUAGUAAAUAUGUUGCACCAGACGAAGCACAUAGUAUAUAUUCAAUAAAUGUUAACAUUGCUGUUGUUAUGGUCACCGACAAUAAUAAUAAAAAGCAAAAGGGAAGAGUUUGAAUUAGAAAAUUUUAAAAACACACAGAAGCAGUGUUUUGAAUCCUUGUUUUAUUAUUUUGCAUUGUAUUUUUCUUUUUUUUUUUUUUCUUUAAUGCUUCUUUCCAGGACAAAAAAUAAUGCCCAAAGAUAUUUUGGCACUAACAAUGUUAUCUAUAGCAAGAAAGAUGAGCAGUCUGCUCCAACACCUGAGAUUUCCAAAGAAACAGAGAGCCAAGAGAGUGUAAAGGAGAAUACAAAAAAAGACUUGUUAGGUAUUAUUAAGAGCAUGAAAAUUGAAUUAAGCACAGUAAAUGUGCAAACAACAAGGCCAUCCAGCAGAAGACAACUUAAGAGUGUGGAAGCUACAAUUGGCAGGCUUCAAAAAGCUCCGGAAGGUGUCCCAAAGAAGAGAACCAAGUCCCUGAAUCCUGAGUUGGUAGCAGCUGCAUCUGCUGUUGCAGAUUUUCUUCCUUUUGAUAAGCAGACAACCAAGUCAGAGCUGCUCAGGCAGCUCCAGCAGCAUGAGGAAGUCUCAAAGGCACAGAAAGAUGGAGAAAGAGCUAAAAUUAGUGUCAGUACCAUAAUAUCAGAUAUGAAAGUUGCCAAAUCUGCCACAUCUAGGGUUAGUACAAGACCAGUGCAUCAAAUUCAGUUUGAUGAAGGAACUGACAAUUACAUGGGACAGAAGACUGAUGAUCUUAAGAAAAGUCUUAGGAAAAAUAUGCUCAAAGGGAAAAGACUUAAUAUUUUUGACCUUAAGGCAGUUACUGAAGAGGCACCUGAAACAGAGACAGCACCUUCACUUUGGGAAGUAGAAUUUGCUAAGCAGUUAGCCGCAGUAAAUGAGCAGCCCCUUCAGAAUGGCUUUGCAGAGAUGAUCCAGUGGACGAAAGACGGGAAACUGUGGGAGUUUCCAAUUAACAAUGAAGCAGGUUUUGAUGAUGAUGGUUCAGAAUUUCAUGAACAUGUAUUUCUGGAUAAACACCUGAAAGAUUUUCCAAAACAAGGACCCAUUCGCCACUUCAUGGAGCUGGUGACCUGUGGCCUUUCCAAAAACCCAUACCUGAGUGUUAAACAGAAGAUUGAACACAUAGAGUGGUUUAGAAAUUAUUUUAAUGAAAAACAAGACAUUCUAAAAGAAAGUGGCAUACAGUUCAAUUGAAGACCAUGAAAAUUUUUAUUUCAAGCUGUUGGUGAUGGAUAUUAUAACUAAAUAAAAUAA